AAUGUGCAUAUAGCACGAGGUAUAUACAGCACAUGCGCAAGGCGCUCCCCGCGCGAACCUCUCCACUAUCCGGACCGUGUGUCUUUUGAUGGGCGGGGCUGGACAUCCUCGUCCUUCCUGUGCUCAGGUGAGGUGUUGACGUCACCUCGAGACAGGUGAGGUGCUGGAGCGGGCAGUGCUGGUUAGUCAAACAUGGCUCCUUCGCCAGUGCGACCAGGCUGGAAAUCGUCACUGGAAUUUUUAUGCAUGUUAUUUUGCAUACUUUAUCCGGCGGUGUCAGGCGUACCAGAACCGGGAGAAUGGACAAUCACAGUCAGCAACACAUCAAGCCGAAUAAUGCUAAGAAAAUCUCUUUUCAAGAAUACAGAAAUUAAGCUUAAAAUUUGGCCUUUUAGCUGUCCAGAACCAUUGACAUUUACCAUCAAAUGGCUGCUAAAAUACUAUCCAUGUCACAAUGAUUAUGGUAACAUUGAGGACAUGUAUGACAAGACGGUGCUAAGCCGUGGAGAAUUACUUGACCCAAACCCUUUAAUUAGAGGAGAAUACAUUGAGCAAACCUAUGAAAAUGUGCAAUGCAGUGAUGAAAAGCUUAUGUUUCCAGUACUAAAUAUAAGUACCUUGUUGCCUCGUUCUGCAUUACCACCACUUAUUGAUGAAAAGGAGAAAGAAAAUGAAUCGCUAAAUGAUAAAAAUGAACAAAAUCCUUCUGACAUAGUAAAAGAAUCUUCAAGACGUAAAAGGGGAACUUACAAGGAUUUUCAUAGUAAUGUUCGGUAUGAUAUCCUGGCAAAAACAUGGAGAGAUGGCCCAUAUCUCCUUCUCCUUUCUUUUAAAGUCCACAAGGAACCAACACAUUGGAAUCUUACAGCACAUGUUGUCAUGAAGGGAAGUCAUGGAUACAUAUCAGUCACUGAAUGGCCACUUCUAAUUUUUUACAUGGUGAUGUGCAUUGUGUACAUCGUUUAUGGCCUGCUAUGGUUUGUCUGGUCAGCAUGCUACUGGAAAGACCUACUCAGAAUACAGUUCUGGAUUGCUGCUGUAAUUUUUCUGGGAAUGCUGGAGAAAGCUGUGUUUUGUGCGGAAUUUCAAAACAUUAACAUUACCGGAUCAGCCACUAAAGGUUUGUUGAUUUUUGCUGAGCUGAUUUCUUCCCUGAAGAGGACCAUUGCUCGACUGCUUGUCAUCAUUGUUAGCUUAGGAUAUGGAAUAGUCAACAGACCUCGAUUAGGGACGGUGAUGCACAGAGUUGUUGGAUUGGGGGUCCUAUAUUUUCUCUUUGCAGCUGUGGAAGGAAUAUUAAGAAUAAGUGGGGGUCGAGAUAACCCUGGAGCUCUGAUAGCUGAUAUUGUGUUAGCGAUCAUUGAUUCCUGCUUUUUGUGGUUCAUAUUUGUCAGCCUGGCUCAAACUGUUAAAAUUUUAAAGCUUAGAAGAAAUCAAAUAAAACUCUCUCUUUAUCGACACUUUACAAACACUUUAAUUUUUGCAAUCCUAGCCUCUUUAGUAUUUAUGGUUUGGACAGCAAAGAAUUUCCAGUUAGCAGUGUGCCAGUCUGACUGGAUGGAGCUGUGGGUGGACGAUGCUUUCUGGAGAUUUUUAUUUUCAAUUAUUCUUUUGGUGAUUAUGUUUCUGUGGAGACCUUCCACUAACAAUCAAAGGUAUGCUUUCACACCCCUGAUUGAUGACUCUGAUGAUGAAGAAAUUGAAGAAUUUUCUGUAUCAGAAAAUCUAGCUGAUGGUAUUAAAUUAAGAUCAUCAAAGUCCGAAAGCAAUGGAAGAGCAAAACCAGUAGAUGGUGCAAUGGAUGAAGAUCUAAAGUGGGUUGAAGAAAACAUUCCCUCUUUGUCAGAUGUAGCACUUCCUGCUCUUCUGGAUUCCGAUGAGGAAAUAAUGGUAACAAAGUAUGAGAUGUCAAAGAUGGAGUGAGUGAAUGAAGGACCUUCGACUUGGUGUCAGUGAAGGACUGUUGUGAAAUAUGCAAAUGACUCCGUGUUCAUGCGGACACAGUCUCCGUAGGACUGAAUUCCUCCUAAGGAUGGAACAAUGGAUCUUUUUCAUUUUUGUGUUGUCUAACAACAACUAAAAAAAAAAAAUCUCUCCUUGAAUAAAAUUGUGAAGCACUUGCAGUUUGGCCACUAGCUCAGUGUUGUCCUGCCUAAUUUUAUUAAGUGGUAAAAUACUGAAUAUGCAAUUUAAAACUUUCUUUCAUUCCAGUGACGAUAUUACCGAUGUGUCUAUUUGCCUCUUUCAACCAAAAAUUCAGUGAAAGCUUUAGCCUUAAUUUUCAUGGCAGUGUGCUUCCUGACGCCACACUUUUUAAAAUUCUCACCUCGUAUGUUUGGCAAGCGAGUUUUCAGAAAUGGAGGCAAAUUUGUUUUUUUUUUCUCCUGCAUCAGAUUUGAUAGAUCAGUUUUAGGGUCACAGCUACUGCGUUUUAAGCCUAAAUAAAGCAAUAAUUGAUCUUUUCCUGCACUAACUCUUCGUGUGUAUAUUGGACCGAUUUUAGAUAUUAAUUAGGAAGAAUGGCAGCCUUUGUGAUUGCUGAUUAUGUGGAAAGUAAGGAGAUGUCCUUUAAGUAGCAGUUGGGCCUAAACAGAUUUGCACCUCAAGAUGAAGGAAGGUAGUAUCUUCUACUAAACGUCAUUUCUACAACGAUCAGGUGUCUUUGAGUUAAACUGAUAAAUGUCUUUUUCAAAGGAAUUUGUUCUUUAAUUAUUCAAUUGAAGUUAAUGCAAAGUUAUGGUAAUUUAUUUCUUUUUUUUUUUUUUAUUUGGUUUGUUAAAAUAGUAACCAAAAAUAAAGAGUAAGGAAUUGCCGUUUAUAUAAGUUUGAAGUUAACAACAUAUGCCGAGUUGUUCCGGUUGAACUAAUCAGCAGCACACAAAGAUUUUGUUUUGUAAAUGCGUAUUUAUAUGAGCUUUUACUGACAAGUUUACAGUCGCUUUUUUAAUUUAUGGUAUUUGUCACUUAUGCCUACACUCUGCUGUUUAUGUUUAAUGAACAACUGAAGAUUAAGUAUUUGUUUUUUUAACUUAUUUAUGUUAUGUCCUCAGGAUUUGAGAAUUUCUCCUUUUUUGCCUUAUGUAAGAAGGUUUGUGUUUCAAUCACUGCAUAUAUAUAUAUAUUGAAAGCAAUAUAAUACGUUUAUGUAAGGGAGAAUUAUUGAUGGUCUGUGUUCAAAAGAUUUUAUUUCUGUAUACCUGAACCAGUAUUGAAGUUAUGGAUUUUUUUUUUUUUUUUUUUUAAAAGGGUGUUUGUUUAAUUAAAAGUGGGUGUAAAGGCAGCUGAUGUCGGUCUGCCCAGUCCUUCCUGCGCCUCGGACUGUUCUGGCAGCUCCUCUCAGUCUCCGUUACAAGGCCCUUCCCUUAAAUCACUUUUUGACCUGUAAAUUGUCAGGCGUUCAUGUUGCAAGUAUUCAAAUUAGAAGAGCACAAGUGUAUAGGUGUAAAAAAAAAAUGUACAGAUUUCUAAAAUAGGGUUUGAGCCCAACAGAUCUAAAAAAAAAAAAAAUCUAAGGAGCCGCAAAUGUGUAACUACGGUGAAUACAAGUCAGGGUUGGGCGUGAUGGCAGAAGGCAGUCUGUGAUUAAAACUCUUCAAAUUGUAAAGUGUUUAGCUGUAGAGGAAAGAGUUUAAAGUCUACUUUUAUAACCCUUUGUGUUAAGGGGGGAUUUCCACAGGCCUAUAUGCAGAAUCGAGGACUUUGAAUAAUGACAAAUUG